CACAUCACAUAAAAAUAAAACAAUCGAAGCAAACCACAAUAUACCACACCACACACACAUCACCACACCAAGAAUUAUCAGCGCACAUUCUUCCCCGUUUGACGUCCAGCAGGGAACGCAUUCCCAACGCUGGUCACACUCCAUUUGAUCCGCAACAGCCGUUCGUUCCAUCCGAGAACAAAAGGAUACGCCGAGGGCAUCCAAUCGCAGAAGAACAUUCCCGUGAAACAGGACGGACAAUCGAAUCAAAAACACCGAUUGUGAACCGAAGCGGAAACAACUUCCUCGCUUUGUGCCAAUCGCGCUGUGACCAAACUCCAAACGGUAGAAGACCCAGGCGGCACGAUAGGACAUGGAAAUGGACACGAACGCGAACAGAAACACCGGCAUCCAUCGGAGCAUGCUGCCUCUCUUUUAUUCGUGCUUGGCAGCCGGGUUCUUCGUCUCCAAGGGCCUCGGCUUUUCCUUUCCACCAUCGAUUCCGGCAAAUAGGCCUGGCGCACGGGCUCUGCACCGACGAGGAGGGGGCYGCUCGGCGGCUUUGCUUCCGYUCCUCCCACCCCAGGCAGCCACCGGGGCGGGGCAGAGCCGGACGGCACUCUCGAUGGUCGCAAACGCCACCGUUGCCGCCGAUCCAUCCGCUAGGGGUCCGGAUYCCCCAGCCAAGACGAAACCCCUCUCGAAGAACCAAGAGGCCCUCUCCAGGCGCUACUUUCCCCGGACCUGGGUCCCCCUGGCGUCCGCCUACGAGCUCGAUCCGGACCGGCCGACCCCGCUCGAGUUUCUCGACCAGAAGUACGUUUGCUACCACGAUCCAUCCACCGAAUCGGGAUGGGUGGUAGUCGACGACGCGUGCCCCCACCGGUUGGCGCCGCUCUCGGAGGGACGGAUCAACCGCUCGUCUGGUGGGAAGGAACCGGGCCAGCGGGAAAGGACCACCCUCAUGUGCUCGUACCACGGAUGGGAAUUCGACGGGGGCAACGGCGGGGCCUGCACCGCGAUUCCCCAGGCGACCCCGGAGGUCCGGUCCCGGGCGUGCAAUUCGCCCCGGGCCGCGGUUGCCACCUACAGUGUCCGCGUCCACAAGAACGUCGUCUGGGCCUGGCUCUGGCCCGAGGACCCCCUGAGCAUCCUCCAGGACUUUCCGCGGGGCCACCCGGAGGGGAUCGCCGAGGGAAUCACGGGGGGCGGGGAGUACCCCAGCACUUACACCCGGGACCUGCCGUACGGGUGGGACACGCUGCUGGAAAACCUCAUCGACCCGGCCCACAUCCCCUUUGCCCACCACGGGCUGCAGGGGAAGCGGGAGGACGCCAUUCCGAUCGACAUGACGGUUCCGGAAUCCUUUUGCGGCGACGACGACGGAUCGGAGGGCUUUUUGUUCGAGUGGCAGGACCGGACGAGUAAGUCGUUGUUUGUUCGUUUCGUUUCGUUUCGUCGGUCGUGUGUUGCGUUGUGUUGCGUUGCGUUGUGAAAUGUUGGGGUUUGUUUUGUGUACAUCGAUUGCGAAUUGAGCCGAGCCGAGAUUCGAUCGGAUAGAAAAAUUGUUGAAACCAGACACUCACUCGUUCAUUCAAUGAUUCAAUGCCGGUCCUUCGUUUUGGUUUUCGGUUUUGCUCCAACUCUUUCUUUUUUGCUAAUGUUGUGGUGGUGAUUGAUUGSUUCAAACGAAUCGAAUCUGGUUUGGUGCUUCCACUGUUACUGCUUGCCAAUCGAUCGAUCUUUGGCCCGUUUGUUGCAGUGAAAAAACACCGUGGGGGAACUGGAGAGUUCAAGGCUCCAUUUGGAGUUGCCUACAACGGAAUAUUCUACGCCACCAAGGAGGAAGCGGACGAGGCUAGCGGGACCCACAUUGCGUCCAAGCGGCGAAAGCAGCAGCAGCAACUGGCCGGGGGCGACGUUCCUGGCGAAAGCGAAAACAAUGAGGACGAGGACGACGACGACGAAGAAGGCAACCUGGGCCUCUUUCGGCUGGGGGUCAUUUGCAUCCCCACCAAGCCCGGKUGGUCCCGGGCGAUCAUCUUUGCAGGGGGAAUCCAAGAGCCCAAAAAAGAUGAUACUGAGGAGGAGGAGAAAGCGUCCACCGGGGCAGAAGCUGCGCCAAAGAAGAAACCGAAAAAGAAGUCUCUCGUGGCCAAGAUCUUUGGGAUUCUCCCCAAGUGGCUCGUCCACCUGCUGAGCAACCGGUUCCUGGACUCGGACCUGGCGUUUUUGCACUACCAGGAACAGGAGCGGCGCCGGUACACGGACUYGAACCCGGGCGCCAGCGCCAACGAGUACUACUACAUGCCGGCCCAGGCGGACCGGUGCAUCUCGGCCCUCCGCCGGUGGAUCCCGAGGCACACGGACUACCUGGGGGGCGACGGGGUCACCAGCAACCAUUCGUACCAACUGCCACCCCCCAUCGACUCACGGGCCGUCCUCUUUGACCGCUACAAGCAGCACACGAGCCACUGCAAGCACUGCCAGGAGGGCCUCGAGUGGCUGACCACCACCGUCCGGAAAACCGCCUCKCUGGUUCUGGUGGGGUCGGUCCUGGCCGGCCACUGCUUUCGCCUGUUUGCCGGCUUCAAGCUCCUGGCCAAGCUGGUGGCGCUGRCAUCCCUGGGGGUCCUCGGGCUCGUUUCCAGGAUCGAGCCCGCCUUUCGGGUGGGCGAAUUCAAGCACUACCAGAACGACUGAGGAAGGCAGAGGAACCGCACGGACGAA